AUGAGGUUGAGUCAUGUUCAAGCAGGUGGCUAUCUCGUGGCCCCUGACCUGGAAGCCAGGGUCACAGUGGAAGUGGGCCUGGCCUCCGGGGUGGAUGUCCGUUACUGUCACACCCCCUCCCUCAGGAGAAAGAGGGAACGAGCAGGAGAGGAGGAAGGCUGUUGCAUGUAGGACAGAUUAAGGGAGUGAGAAAGAUGGAGGAAAGAGAGAGAGCUACAGAUGAAUUUCACAAAACAAGGCAGAAUGACGUGAACAAACCAUCACCCUCAAAGCGCUCACUGGGUGGAAUACGUUGAUAAUUUAUUCAUGCAAAAUUUGAGUUGUCUUUGUUUAAUUUUGUAUUAAACUAAAAUAAUCACCUCACAUUUUUAUGGUGUGCUUCCCCUCCUUGUUGUGGACAGCACCCUUAUAAGAACAUUGUAUUGACUCAAACAUUUUUCUUGGAAAAAGAAAAGACGCGACUCUGAAUUUACCUUGAUAGUGUAGGCUGAACAUGCCAUGAUCGGUCUGCCGGAGACUACGGUAGUAAAUCUGCACCUGAUUGGUUGAGCUUCGAAUCACCUGACCCUCACUCAUCAGGGUCUCAUUGGCUAAGAGUUCUGGUCCUGUCCCUCCAUAGCCAAGGAUAGUCAGGGACUCGUCCUUGGACAGGUUCACUUUCUUCACCUGGGGAGAGGGGAGAUGGUGGACAUCUAGUGACUCAUUUAGGAAUCAUUGAGGAGUAAAGAUGCCUAACAUUGGUUGCUAACCACAAGAAAGUCAAGUGUCAAAGUACAUUUGUGAUUGAUUCGACAUAUGCAUCGUUUACCGUGAAUGCAGUCUCCGCCAAUGCAGGGACAUUGCCUUUAAAAGGUGCAUAGCCGACAAAGCACGAUCAGAUUGAAUCCAGUGUCGAUCCGUAAGAAGGAAAAUAUCAAAAGAAACCACUAACCAAUAACAAUACAAUGAAGUUGUGUGCACUAACCCGAGUGAGCAAAAUAAAUAGAAACAAGGCGUCUGACGACGCUGCAGAGAGCAAAGCCACAAUUUCACAUCCACUCUUUAACCAUAGGUAAUGGUGAUGAUAAUGCAAAUAAUGUUUUACCUGCUCACCAUGUAUACAGUAUCAGUCAAAAGAUUGGACACACCUAAUCAUUCAAUGGUUUUUCUUUAUUUGUCUUUUUUUUUUACAUUGUAGAAUAAUAGUGAAGACAUCAAAACUAUGACAUAACACGUGUGGAAUUAUGUAGUAACCAAAAAAGUGUUAAACAAAUCAAAAUAUAUUUUAUAUUUGAGAUUCUUCAAAUAGCCACCCUUUGCCUUGAUGACAGCUUUGCACACUAUUGGCAUUCUCUCAACCAGCUUCACCUGGAAUGCUUUUCCAACAGUCUUGAAGGAGUUCCCACAUAUGCUGAGCACUUGUUGGCUGCUUUUCCUUCACUCUGACGCACGACUCAUCCCAAACCAUCUCAAUUGGGUUGAGGUUGGGGGAUUGUGGAGGCCAGGUCAUCUGAUGCAGCACUCCAUCACUCUCCUUCUUAGUAAAAUAGCCCUUACACAGCCUGGAGGUGUGUUGGGUCAUUGUCCUGUUGAAAAACAAAUGAUAGUCCCACUAAGCCCAAACCAGAUGGGAUGGCGUAUCGCUGCAGAAUGCUGUGGUUGCCAUGCUGGUUAAGUUUGCCUUGAAUUCUAAAUAAAUCACAGACAGUGUCACCAGCAAAGCACUCCCACACCAUAACACCUCCUCCUACAUGCUUUAUGGUGGGAACUACAAAUGCGGAGACUGGUAGUGUACAUUACUCAAAACUGGUUCUCCAAAAUGUCGAAUGGAUUUCACAUGAUGUAUACUGUUUGCUUGCAGAAGACUACAGAGGCGAAGUGGCUACUCUUAGCAAACAGGUAGCAAACCUACACAAGCUACUGGGGAAUCCACGCCUUCCUACUUUUUCUUUUCCUUCUACCCCAGUAGCGGACGCCGCUCUGGCCUGGUGGAAGUGUCGCCGCCGUGUCGGCUCUCCACAGCUGACUGGCCAGUCCUCUGCAGGGAUCCCUCUCAGAAUGGGUCUCUCCCAAAUCAAAUCAAAUCAAAUGUUAUUGGUCACAUGCGCCGAAUACAACAGGUGCAGACAUUACAGUGAAAUGCUUACUUACAGCCCUUAACCAACAGUGCAUUUAUUUUAAACAAAAAAAGUAAAAAUAAAACAACAACAAAAAAAGUGUUGAGAAAAAAAAGAGCAGAAGUAAAAUAAAGUGACAGUAGGGAGGCUAUAUAUACAGGGGGGUACCGUUGCAGAGUCAAUGUGCGGGGGCACCGGCUAGUUGAGGUAGUUGAGGUAAUAUGUACAUGUGGGUAGAGUUAAAGUGACUAUGCAUAAAUACUUAACAGAGUAGCAGCAGCGUAAAAAGGAUGGGGUGGGGGGGCAGUGCAAAUAGUCCGGGUAGCCAUGAUUAGCUGUUCAGGAGUCUUAUGGCUUGGGGGUAGAAGCUGUUGAGAAGUCUUUUGGACCUAGACUUGGCACUCUGGUACCGCUUGCCGUGCAGUCUAUGACUAGGGUGGCUGGAGUCUUUGACAAUUUUGAGGGCCUUCCUCUGACACCGCCUGGUAUAGAGGUCCUGGAUGGCAGGAAGCUUUGCCCCAGUGAUGUACUGGGCCGUACGCACUACCCUCUGUAGUGCCUUGCGGUCGGAGGCCAAGCAGUUGCCAUACCAGGCGGUGAUGCAACCAGUCAGGAUGCUAUCGAUGGUGCAGCUGUAGAAUUUUUUGAGGAUCUGAGGACCCAUGCCAAAUCUUUUUAGUCUCCUGAGGGGGAAUAGGCUUUGUCGUGCCCUCUUCACGACUGUCUUGGUGUGUUUGGACCAUGAUAGUUCGUUGGUGAUGUGGACACCAAGGAACUUGAAGCUCUCAACCUGUUCCACUACAGCCCCGUCGAUGAGAAUGGGGGCGUGCUCAGGCCUCUCCCUUCCCUGGAGAAUGGAGUUGGUGGAUGUUCCUGUUCAGGAUCCUACCAACCAGCCAUGGAGAUAUGUCACUAGCCGUAGAAAUUGAAAACAGUUUCCUCUGGCAAUGGGGGCCUCCUUGGAGAUGUUAAGCCUGGACCGGACACAGACUAGAAACUUCUUCGCUGCCCUGGAUCCAGAGGUUCCAGCACCUUCUUCCCUGGGGGCUUCCGAUUUGAGAUUGGAUCUGGAGGUACCUGCGCCUUCGUCCUCUGUUCUGUCUCCCUCUCCGGUGGCUUCUACUUCGGGUUCAGAUCCACCGUGAGGCUGUCUGAGACUCCAGCCCAUUCAUCAUCCAUGAUGAUACUACAGCUGGCUCGGGUCCAUCAGGUCCUUCGGUCCUCAUGGGGUUUGCGAAAUCACUCAAAGUGA